GGGAGGGGGAGUCCCUCGAGUUGCUCUUCCUCCACACACACAGCGAGCGAGCGUGUAGCGAAUCCUCACUGAAGGCUAGACUUUCCCAAACUUCAUUUCAGUCUCAGACUAUAAUAUGGACAGGCUUCAGUGGAAACAUGCAUUUCCAGUCCCACUUCAUUUAUGGCACAGAUGAUGUCACAGUUGUUCCUGAAACGACAGCUCGUUAGUUCUUUCCGUUAAUGAAAUCAACAUGGGAAAACUACAAUCGAAACCUGCAUGUAAACGCAGAGAAAAUCCAGAGGGAGAUGUUUUCAAGGAGGCUGAGUUUAUUGGUGAAGUGGACAGAAAAAAACAGGGUUCCAUCCAGGUGUUUGGUGACAGGAAGUGAGAGGAAACAAAGCCAGGAUCUGAGUGCUAGAGAUCCAAAAGAAGAUCAGAUGUCAGAUCAGUACUGUUCACUACAGGUAAAAUUACCACCAGAGAGAGUAAUGGAGACUCCUCAUUCUUCGCUUUCUUCUCCUGAAAAUGAAAGACCGCAGCCAUUUAAAGAUUCACUCAGGAGAAAUGGGAAGGAUGAUGACAAGGAGUGUAAUGUGUCUGUCAUGGAUGAAAAUCAUCAAGAGUGGAUGAUCACCUUGUAUGAUUUGGACAGCAAUGGGAAAAUAACCAGAGAGAAUAUGUUGAGCUUGAUGCAGACGAUCUGCGAGGUGGUCGAGGCAUCAGUCAGACAGCUGGUGUUUAGCAAUGGCACAACCCUGCGUGUGAAGCUGAGUGUCACUCCAUUAACCAGCAGAAAAGGCAACAGAAAAGAACGGGAUGCUGGGAUGUCUCUGAAUGAGCGGGAUCAAAUAGAGGAUUCAGUACGGUGUGCAGAGAGCCCUAAUGCUCAAAUUAGACAACUGAACUCGGAUCAGUUGGGUGUUUCGGAGAGAAAGCAGUACUCUGUAGAUGAAAACACAGAACGUAGGAACCACUAUCUAGAUCUGGCUGGAAUUGAAAACUACACUUCUCGGUUUGAAGCUCCAGAAACAUGUGCUGAGGAGCAGCCUCAGGAGAGCUCUUCCCGUAACCAUCAUCGUCGCUCUCAACCCGAGACCUGCAACCAUGUGGAGUCAUCUGGAAAAUCCAUUCCUUUUCUCAGGUCACUCCGCAACCGCAGCAAGUCUGUCGGUUAUAGUGGAGCCACAACCAAACCCAGCAAGCUCCAUGGACAUCACCCUAUGACCUGGUGCCAUCCAUCCCAACAGCAGCAACAGCAACCUCUGCUGCACAGCUCCAGCAAACGAAUGCGUGCUCGAGCCCGUGAGACUGCAUCCCCUUCCAGAAGCAACCAUGACAGAGAAUUACAGCCGGGGCCAGCUGUUCCUCCUGGGGGUUUAAUGCCCCUUCCUCAAAGACACGAACACCAUCAUCACCAUGAGCACCACCAUCAUCACCAUCAUCACCAUUACCACUCUGCGUAAGAGUUCUGAAAAACUCCUGAAUGACUGAGUAGCAAGCUCUCAUAAGCUGUUUUUUUCUCAGAAAAAACACACAUGCAGGUAGUUCUUCUGCUAAACACACACACAGUUUGAUCAUUUCUGCAAUAAAAGGGGUCGAACCACUCUUUUCGAUGAUACGAGAACUGCACCUGCAGAAAAACAUAAUCUCAGUCAGUAGAAUGAGCCUCCAUUCAUUAUUUUGGUGUGCAGCUCCUCCAUGUGGUUAGAAGUGGAAUAGUCCAAACUGGUUUCAUCCUCAGAUUAUAGUGCAUUUGGCGGACUUUUCUUUUUGGUUUGGAAAAUGUAUCAUUUUAAUAUAUGCUUAAUUCUAAAAAAAAAACAAAAAACAAAAA